CGCGGAGCCGGCCUGCGGGCCCUGCGCGGCGGCGCCAUGAGCGUGGAGGCGUACGGGCCCAGCUCGCAGACGCUCACCUUCCUGGACACGGAGGAGGCCGAGCUGCUCGGCGCCGACACGCAGGGCUCCGAGUUCGAGUUCACCGACUUCACCCUCCCCAGCCAGACCCAGACGCCCCCCGGCGGCCCCGGCGGCCCCGGCGGCGCGGGGGGCCCGGGCGGCGCGGGCGCGGGCGCUGCGGCCGGACAGCUGGACGCGCAGGUCGGCCCCGAGGGCAUCCUGCAGAAUGGGGCUGUGGACGACAGCGUGGCCAAGACCAGCCAGCUGCUGGCCGAGCUCAACUUCGAGGAGGAUGAGGAGGACACUUACUACACCAAGGACCUCCCGGUCCACGCCUGCAGCUACUGCGGCAUCCACGACCCCGCCUGCGUGGUCUACUGCAACACCAGCAAGAAGUGGUUCUGCAACGGGCGCGGCAACACCUCCGGCAGCCACAUCGUGAACCACCUGGUGCGGGCCAAGUGCAAGGAGGUGACGCUGCACAAGGACGGGCCGCUGGGCGAGACGGUGCUGGAGUGCUACAACUGCGGCUGCCGCAACGUCUUCCUGCUGGGCUUCAUCCCGGCCAAGGCCGACUCGGUGGUGGUGCUGCUGUGCAGGCAGCCCUGCGCCAGCCAGAGCAGCCUCAAGGACAUCAACUGGGACAGUUCACAGUGGCAGCCGCUGAUCCAGGACCGCUGCUUCCUGUCCUGGCUGGUGAAGAUCCCCUCGGAGCAGGAGCAGCUGCGGGCGCGCCAGAUCACCGCCCAGCAGAUCAACAAGCUGGAGGAGCUGUGGAAGGAGAACCCGGCGGCCACCCUGGAGGACCUGGAGAAGCCGGGCGUGGACGAGGAGCCGCAGCACGUGCUGCUGCGCUACGAGGAUGCCUACCAGUACCAGAACAUCUUCGGGCCGCUCGUCAAGCUGGAGGCCGACUACGACAAGAAGCUCAAGGAGUCGCAGACGCAGGACAACAUCACGGUCAGGUGGGACCUGGGCCUUAACAAGAAGAGAAUCGCCUACUUCACUUUGCCCAAGACUGACUCUGGUAAUGAGGAUUUAGUCCUAAUUUGGUUAAGAGACAUGCGGCUCAUGCAGGGCGACGAGAUCUGCCUGCGCUACAAGGGCGACCUGGCGCCGCUCUGGAAGGGCAUCGGCCACGUCAUCAAGGUCCCGGAUAACUACGGCGACGAGAUCGCCAUCGAGCUGCGCAGCAGCGUGGGCGCGCCCGUGGAGGUGACGCACAACUUCCAGGUGGACUUCGUGUGGAAGUCCACGUCCUUCGACAGGAUGCAGAGCGCGCUCAAGACGUUCGCCGUGGACGAGACGUCCGUGUCCGGCUACAUCUACCACAAGCUGCUGGGCCACGAGGUGGAGGACGUGAUCAUCAAGUGCCAGCUGCCCAAGCGCUUCACGGCGCAGGGGCUGCCCGACCUCAAUCACUCGCAGGUGUACGCCGUGAAGACUGUGCUGCAGAGGCCGCUCAGCCUCAUCCAGGGCCCCCCUGGCACCGGCAAGACCGUCACGUCGGCCACCAUCGUCUACCACCUGGCUCGGCAGGGCAACGGGCCCGUGCUCGUGUGCGCCCCGAGCAACAUCGCCGUGGACCAGCUGACCGAGAAGAUCCACCAGACGGGGCUGAAGGUCGUGCGCCUGUGCGCCAAGAGCCGCGAGGCCAUCGACUCGCCCGUGUCCUUCCUGGCCCUGCACAACCAGAUCCGGAACAUGGACAGCAUGCCCGAGCUGCAGAAGCUGCAGCAGCUCAAGGACGAGACCGGGGAGCUGUCGUCCGCCGACGAGAAGCGCUACCGCGCCCUCAAGCGCACGGCCGAGCGCGAGCUGCUCAUGAACGCUGACGUCAUCUGCUGCACCUGCGUGGGCGCCGGGGACCCCAGGCUCGCCAAGAUGCAGUUCCGCUCCAUCCUGAUCGACGAGAGCACGCAGGCCACGGAGCCCGAGUGCAUGGUGCCCGUGGUCCUGGGGGCCAAGCAGCUGAUCCUGGUGGGUGACCACUGCCAGCUGGGCCCCGUGGUGAUGUGCAAGAAGGCGGCCAAGGCGGGGCUGUCGCAGUCGCUGUUCGAGCGCCUGGUGGUGCUGGGCAUCCGGCCCAUCCGCCUGCAGGUGCAGUACCGUAUGCACCCGGCGCUCAGCGCCUUCCCCUCCAACAUCUUCUACGAGGGCUCGCUGCAGAACGGCGUCACCGCAGCCGACCGGGUCAAGAAGGGCUUCGACUUCCAGUGGCCGCAGCCCGACAAGCCCAUGUUCUUCUACGUGACCCAGGGCCAGGAGGAGAUCGCCAGCUCGGGCACCUCCUACCUGAACCGGACGGAGGCCGCCAACGUGGAGAAGAUCACCACGAAGCUGCUGAAGGCGGGCGCCAAGCCGGACCAGAUCGGCAUCAUCACGCCGUACGAGGGCCAGCGCUCCUACCUGGUGCAGUACAUGCAGUUCAGCGGCUCCCUGCACACCAAGCUCUACCAGGAGGUGGAGAUCGCCAGCGUGGACGCCUUCCAGGGCCGCGAGAAGGACUUCAUCAUCCUAUCGUGCGUGCGCGCCAACGAGCACCAGGGCAUCGGCUUCCUCAACGACCCGCGCCGCCUCAACGUGGCCCUGACCCGAGCCAGGUACGGCGUCAUCAUCGUGGGCAACCCCAAGGCGCUGUCGAAGCAGCCGCUGUGGAACCACCUGCUCAACUACUACAAGGAGCAGAAGGUGCUGGUGGAGGGGCCGCUCAACAACCUGCGCGAGAGCCUCAUGCAGUUCAGCAAGCCGCGCAAGCUGGUCAACACCAUCAACCCGGGCGCCCGCUUUAUGACCACAGCCAUGUACGACGCCCGCGAGGCCAUCAUCCCGGGCUCCGUGUAUGACCGCAGCAGCCAGGGCCGGCCCUCCAACAUGUACUUCCAGACGCACGACCAGAUCGGCAUGAUCAGCGCGGGGCCCAGCCACGUGGCCGCCAUGAACAUCCCGAUCCCCUUCAACCUGGUCAUGCCGCCCAUGCCGCCGCCCGGCUACUUCGGACAGGCCAACGGGCCGGCCGCAGGCCGCGGCACCCCGAAAGGCAAGGCCGGCCGCGGGGGCCGCCAGAAGAGCCGCUUCGGGCUGCCCGGGCCGAGCCAGAGCAACCUGGCCAGCAGCCAGGCGAGCCAGGACGCCGCCUCGCAGCCCUUCUCGCAGGGCGCGCUCACGCAGGGCUACAUCUCCAUGAGCCAGCCCUCACAGAUGAGCCAGCCCGGCCUCUCGCAGCCCGAGCUGUCGCAGGACAGCUACCUCGGGGAUGAGUUUAAAUCACAGAUCGACGUGGCGCUGUCGCAGGACUCCACCUACCAGGGGGAGCGCGCGUACCAGCACGGCGGGGUGACGGGGCUGUCCCAGUACUAGGAGGUGGCAGCGGAAGAGCUGAGCUCCGAGGCUUGGUCCAUCAGCGUCGUAUUCUGGGUAAUAAAAAUACAAAUAAACGGAUACCUGUUUUCCACUGCUAAGGCGAAGCAGCACUGUGCGAGCAGCAGGAGGGCGAGGAGCCGCGAGGGAGCCGCCGAGCCCGAGAGGCCCAGCCGGCGCCAGCAGCGGAGCGGAGCCGGGCGCGGCGCGGCGGGGCGCGGGCGGCGCAGGAGAGGAGGCGCCGGCCCGGCCGCAGGGCCUCGCCCCGUCCUGCCCGCUUCCCCGGGCGGGGCGGCAGAGCCCGCGGCGGCCCGUGUUCGGAGGGUCUCAGCAACGCGGGGCUUGGGGUUUUUCCGUUUGUUUUCUGUUUUUUUUUGUUGUUGUUUUGUUUUCUUCCAAGAUUCUUUUAAGAAGGACUGAAAACCACGCUUUGCUAAGUUUCUCUGAAAUCUUAGCGGCGGCCUGGAGCGAGGAGGUCCCGGGACGGAGCGCGAGCGCCCAGAGCCUGAGCCAGGACGCCGGCCCGGCCGCGGUGCAGUGCGGCGCCAGGAAUUUUGUUUGCGUUUUGGCUGUGGCUGUGGCGGCGGCGGCGCGCUGCGCGGGCCCAGGACAGCCAGGGGCAGAGCUGCCCGCCACGCGUGGACGGUGCUUGCCCCCACCAGCGGGGCCAGGGUGGCGCGGGCGAUGGCGGCGAGGGGCCCCCGCCCACCCCGGGGCGGCGCGCAUUCCUGGGGGGCUGGGAGGACGGUCCCGGUCCCUGGCCCGUGGCGGUGGUCUCGCCACCAACCCCCAGCGGAGGGCCCAUCGUGCCUGACCCGGACUCCUUGCCCGCCCCCACCCGCCUCCCGCUUGUGCGGGCCAGCGAGGCGAGGACGCGGCGAUGCCCGGCCCUGCGGGGCGCCUGGGCCCCUGCCUUGCCCGCGGGGGCGCCCGCCGCGCUCCCCUCCCCGCAGCCGUUACGCUGAGGAGCAUCGUACCGAGGCAAUGUAACUUGAUUUUUGGUCAAUUUGUUUUAAGCUCUUUGUCACCAAUAAAAUACGAAUAC